UUUUUUUUUUUUUUUUUUUUUUUUUCCCCCUGUGCACCACUAACCCGAGUUGAGGUCCUCGCCUCUCUUCCACUCCUCUGUGUCCAUCAUGGAUUUAGUUCGGAUCGUGGGCUUCGUUGUGAGCGUCUGCGCCUGGUUCGGUUCUGCGGAGCGACACAGCGUCUACUGGAACAGGACGAACCCAAAGUUCCGAAAGGACAACUACGCCGUGGAGGUGAAGCUCAACGACUACCUGGACAUUGUCUGUCCGCAUUACCCUCAGGGCGAGGUGCCGCUGGUGGACGCGGAGCGCUACGUACUCUACAUGGUGGAGCGUGAAGACUACGACUCCUGCAAGGCCCAGUCAUAUGACCAGAUGCGCUGGGAGUGCGGUCACCCGUUUGCCCCUCACGCUCCGGAGAAGUUCUCUGAAAAGUUCCAGCGCUUUACUCCCUUUACUUUUGGGAAGGAGUUUCGUCAGGGAGAAAGCUAUUAUUACAUCUCCAAACCUUUGCACGGCCACGGCCAGCAGUGUCUCAGGCUCCGGGUGGAUGUCAUUGCAGCCGACGGCUCCCAAGCYGCCCGAGUGGCUAACCGAGGCACGGGUGGGGCUAGAGUCGGAGCAGGGGGUGGUGUUCACAACCCCUCCAACAGGCCGCCUGCAGCAGACGACCCGGUGGUGAUCCUGCCAGAUGUCCAGGAGAGCAAACGGACAAACUCUGCAGAGACGUCCACGUCACUCUCAUUCCUCUGUUUGUUAGUCCCGUUACUACUUUUGCUGAACUGAAAGGGCAGAAGUUUUUUUUUUGUCCAGGGACUACAAUGAAGAUAGUCUGUGGAGUUGGGAACCACUGACUUAAAAAAAAAAAAAAAAAUCGAAUACCCAGUGCUGGCCACAGGAAGAAACUUUAAAUAGCCUUGUAAAGUACAGACUUGCUCAUGCAACACGUUGGUUUGAGACAAAAAAAAAAUGGUGCUUUGUGGAAUUUUUUGUGAAAACAAAAACAAAGCUCUUGUUGAGUUGUACUUUUUUGGGGCUCUCAAACAAACUCUGGAGGAUGAUCGCUUCAGACGAUAUGAAGAACCUGAAGUGGCAAAACAAUCAGGAGCACAAACUGGACUCUUUGAAUUUGAUGUUUUAGAAGAAAUCAGCAUUUAAAGGCCAACCCCCAGGAGCCAAAGAUCCGCCCCGUCUCCAACCUGUACUCCACUCCACCCUUUUGAGUAUCGUGUUAACUUGUCGUAUUAUCAUUACCAAGUGGCGUCGGUGUCUCAACGUGAUUUUUCUAAAUGUAGCAUUUUUAACAGGUUCUCCUUUGCAGACCACGUGCUCACARGCUGUAGCGCUAACACACACUGCUAAACACCGAAACGCACCAACACACUGCACGACGUCUUUUUACGUGUAACGUUCUGUGAAGAUAAUUUAUGACAUUUGCAGCUGAGAGGUCUUACUGUACAUGCGCUCGCAAAACGAAAAGUUUACUGAUGGGGGGAGGACUUUUCCUUUUCCUGGAGGUGAAUGUGUGUGAAAAUGGGAGGAUGUGCCUGACGUGUGGAGUGUUUGAUUUAGACAAAAUGCUUAUUCUGCCAAAAGGAAACACUGAUGUAUGUGUGUGUGUGUGUGUGUUUGUGUGUGUUGCAGAGGCUGGAUUUCUCUGCUUGUUGCCCCGGUUGUAGGUUAAACAUGACAUGAAGGGCUGGUAUGAAGUUAUUGUUUAAAAAAUAACAUUUUAAUCAGUUAAUAUUGUCACCAGUUCGCAACAGACAAGGCACUGCAUUGAACAGAGUUGCUAAGCUCAUCUUCACCUGACAGGCAAAGCACAACCGUGUAUGACUACCAUCAUUUUUUUAACCUGAAUUCUUGUUGCCUACUUUUGUACAUGUGUAAGUAUAAACAAAAAAAAAGUGUAAAAUAUGUGCAUAUUUCUAUGUAAAUAUAUAGAGAUUAUAUGAAAGACGAGUUUGAUAAAUGUGAAAGAUUUUCAUGUGAAAUAAAAAGGAUAUUUUUGUUGAACA